AUGUGUAUAUCCAGCGACUGCUGCCGCUGGAGUAUAGGAUUCCAGUUCACACUCGGCCUCACCGCCCUCUUCAUGUGGCUCAGCCUCCGCCCUUCCAAACCUACCCUCUCAAUUGAGAAAUUUUACGUCCCUGCCCUCAACAAAACCGCCAUCUCUAACCUCUCCGUCGUAAUACCGCCCGUCAAUACCACCGUUACUUUCGACCUCAAGCUCAGGAACGAAAACAAGGACAAGGGCGUUUGCUACGAUGACCUCAACAUUACUCUUUAUUACGGCCCCAGCCACUCAGUUGUAGGGCAUAUGACGUUGCCUUCUUUCUACCAGGGGCAUAAGAAGACAGCUCAUAGGAAUGACGGAUUAAGAGCUGAGAGAAGGGCGACGAGGACGGUUUCUGAACAGAAUUCAAUGGUUUUCGGGAUCAUCAGUAAUGGAGCAGAUCAUCAGUCAAUGGUGAUUCCAGUUUGUUUUGGCCUAUUGGAGAAAAUUCAUGCAUUGUAUCAGGUUCCUAUCGUGACCCAGUUAUUUGCUAAUUUAGUGGAUGUUAGCAUUUGCAAUCAAUGA